CGUCUUCUUCGCCAUUUCGGGGCUGGGACUAGUCCGUGCCGUGAGGUAGGCGCCGCGGCGGCCUACGGGGAAGUAAACAGAACGUGGAGCGUGCGGGCGACCCGCGGGAGACUUGCGACGGUCGGCGGCUUGUUGCGAUCGGCAGCGACGGCGAUUCUCCGCGGCGCGCCGAUGCUCCGUACAUCGAACGCUACGCGCCGGUUAUACUCGCUCAAGGUCGAACGGGGCGCGUCUCCCAACGGACUACGACGUACGUGUAUACGCGCCUAUAUAACGUCGUAUCGAGUCGUACGCGGGCGAACCGGUCGCGAGGAGGCGGCGGACUAUUAAAAGACGGCGCGACGUCACGCGACGGCAGCGGAGUCAGCGCGGCACAGAAGCCAUCGGGGGGUAAACACGGGUGAAAGUCAGCGGAAGCUUAUAAUAAAAUUCUUGGAAAUAAUCAGGAGGGGGAAUAGAUCUUUUACUUUAUAAAAAAAGAAAGAACGCGACGUAGGAUUGUGAUGUCAUCUAUUGGAGUUUGUUCGAAUUAAUAGAAGUAACAAUUCGUAGAGAUGACACAACAAGAGCCUACAGUGUACGAUUUAGCGUAUCGCGGCAGAACCGCGGCUGUGAAGAUCCUGUUGAACGAGAGCGAGAGGUUGAAAACGCAAACAGACAACAAUGGCCGAAUGUUAAUACACUGGGCGGCACUGGGUGGUCACGAUGAUUUAGUCAGGCAUUUGUUGUCCCUUGACGUACCGGUGGAUCCUGAAGACGAUACGAAUAUGACCCCGUUGAUUCUGGCAGCAUCCGCCGGCCGCGAGAAGGUCGUCAACACGUUGCUGACCGAAGGGGCAGACGUGAACGCGACGACGGUCGACGGCCACUCGGCCCUGCAGUAUGCCGCGUCCAAGAACUGGAAGGCCAUCUGCAUGGCGUUGCUCGAGAAGGAUGCCAACGUGAACAUUGCUGACAAGCGAGGUGCCACGCCGCUCCACAGAUCCGCCUCGAAGGGCAACAUCGCUAUCGUGGAACUCCUCAUGGAGUGCGGGAAGAAAUUGAAUAUAGAUCAGAGAGACGCGUACGGUAAUACGCCGUUGCAUCUUGCCUGCGAAGAGGACCGCGUGGAAGAGGCAAAGCUGCUGGUGGCGCGUGGAGCGGAUCCGACGAUCACCAACAAGGAGCGCAAGACUCCGUUGGAUCUCGCGAGUCGCGGACUGGUCCGACAGCUCGAGGAAAUCAAGCGAGAGACUGCGAAGUCCAAGUGAAACCUCCCUCCCUCCCUCCCUCCCUCCCCCGCGCGUGUUUUCCGUACGAGUUUAAGUUCCGUUGGAUGAGUCUCCAAUAAAUUUAUCAUGAUUAAGUUUCCUUCUCCAGAGCUUUUAUUUUAUCCGUCUCUCGUCCUCUAUCAAAAUGCGAUCAACGAUUACGUUCGUUCUAUAUAAAAUAUAUCAAAAGAGUCCGCUUUCUGAUAUUUUAGAUUAUUCUUGCUGUUUUUUUUCAAAGCCAACACCCUCUCGACGCACGUAUGUACAUAAUUCACAGAGGUUCGAGAGCAUAUUGGACCGACUCCGAUACUCAAUUGACAUUCUCCUCGCCGUCAAUGCUCUCGUCCUGCGUCGUCGAGUCGUCGCCCGACCCACCAGUCUGUACGGAACCGCGCUUCAGCCUUGUGGAGCUCAGGCUUAUCGGAGGACCACCGCGCCUUUAAACAAAUCAUGCGUACAUUAAUUAAGCGAUGCGUUCAUCAUUGUCAAAAUAUGUAUAAGUAUGCGUAAAAAACACGUCACCAUCAGUCAGUAAUUUAAAUACAUAUUAAUUUGUCGAGCUAAAGCUUCCUGUAUAAUGAAAGGUACAAAUAAAACAGAAAUAUUGGACAAUGUACAUCA